AUGGCCGUCAACUUUGAGGAUGCCUUCGCAGCAACCCGCGCGAUCGCUGUUCCUGAAAACAUGCGAGACAUCAGAAAGCAGCAAGCCUUCAUCGAAUACCAGUUCGACUUUCUCCACCGAAUAUGCAGAGAGAUCUUCGAGAACGGUAGCCAAGGUAUUGCUUGGGAAUACGUCAACGGCGCCAUGGCAAGAAGAGAGCUCGAGAUGGAGGAGUAG